AUGAGGAGGAGGAAGAACACCACGUUUCACCCCCACACCGUGUCGUCGGGGGCCGGCGGCGAGGAGGAUGUUUUCCCGACGGCUUCCCCCUCCGCUUCCCCCGGCGGUUCUCCCAAAAAUUCCCGGCCGGGAUCUCCCCUCCCCACGCCACGGGUGGAUCUGCAAGGAGCCGAGCUGUGGAAGGUGGAGGCUCUCAUCGGCACCGAGAAACAGCAACAACCGCCACCACCGAGACAACCCAAACGGCGGAAAUUGGGCGGCGAAGACGAACCGGCGGAGGAUGAAGGAGGGGGGGGCAGCGCCUGCUGCUCCAAGAGCUCCCCCCAAACCCCCAACAACACCAGGACCUGCGGAGAUAUGGAGCUGGGAUGCGCAUCCCGCGCACCCCCCGUCGGCGGCGAGGAGGAUGUUUUCCCGACGGCUUCCCCCUCCGCUUCCCCCGGCGGUUCUCCCAAAAAUUCCCGGCCGGGAUCUCCCCUCCCCACGCCACGGGUGGAUCUGCAAGGAGCCGAGCUGUGGAAGCGUUUCCAUGAGAUUGGGACUGAGAUGAUCAUCACCAAAGCGGGAAGGCGGAUGUUUCCCGCAAUGAGAGUGAAGAUCUCAGGUUUAGACCCACAUCAGCAGUAUUAUAUUGCCAUGGAUAUCGUGCCAGUGGAUAACAAAAGAUACAGGUAUGUUUAUCACAGCUCCAAGUGGAUGGUGGCUGGUAACGCUGACUCCCCGGUGCCUCCACGUGUUUAUAUUCACCCCGAUUCACCCGCCUCCGGGGAGACGUGGAUGAGACAAGUGAUCAGCUUCGACAAACUGAAGCUCACCAAUAACGAGCUGGACGACCAAGGGCAUAUUAUCCUUCACUCGAUGCAUAAAUACCAGCCCCGUGUCCACGUCAUCCGAAAAGACUGUGGAGAUGAUCUGUCCCCUGUCAAGCCCAUCCCUUCUGGAGAAGGGGUGAAAGCCUUCUCCUUUCCAGAGACAGUUUUCACUACUGUCACAGCGUACCAAAAUCAACAGAUAACUCGUCUGAAGAUCGAUAGGAAUCCGUUUGCCAAAGGGUUCAGAGAUUCAGGACGUAACAGAAUGGGACUGGAAGCUCUGGUAGAGUCUUAUGCCUUCUGGAGACCUUCGCUGAGGACACUUACAUUUGAAGAUAUACCCGGGAUACCCAAACAAGGAAACGCGGGUUCCUCUUCUUUACUCCAGGGAUCUGGCAGUGGAGUGCCAUCUACCCACCCUCACCUUUUACCGGGCUCCCCUUGCUCAUCUCCAGCCUUCCACCUCAGCCCCAACACCAGCCAGCUCUGUAGCCUUGCUCCAGCUGACUACACAGCUUGUGCCCGCUCAGGCUUGACCCUGAACAGAUACAGCACUUCUUUGGCUGAAACCUACAACCGGCUCACAAACCAAACCAGUGAGACCUUUGCACCCCCGAGGACUCCCUCCUACGUCGGUGUGUCCAGUAGCACCACCGUGAAUAUGUCCAUGAGUGGCAACGACGGGGAUGCCUUCAGCUGCCCACAGACUGGCUUAUCCAUGCAGAUUUCAGGGAUGUCUCCACAGCUCCAGUACAUCAUGCCGUCCCCAUCCAGCAACGCCUUCACCACUAACCAAACCCACCAGGGCUCCUACAACACGUUUAGACUGCACAGCCCCUGCGCGCUCUAUGGAUAUAACUUUUCCACGUCCCCUAAACUGGCUGCCAGUCCUGAGAAAAUCGUUUCUUCCCAAGGAAGUUUCUUGGGGUCCUCGCCAAGUGGAACCAUGACGGAUCGGCAGAUGUUGCCCCCCGUGGAAGGAGUGCACUUACUUAGCAGCGGGGGGCAGCAGAAUUUCUUUGACUCUAGGACCCUAGGAAGCUUAACACUCUCGUCUUCUCAAGUGUCUGCACAUAUGGUUUGAUGAAGCCUUUAAGUAAAAGUACAGUAUGUUUGGUGUCUACAAUGUAUUUCUUUUUGGAAUAUGAAAGGACACUCGAUGUAGCUUGUAAAGUGUGUGUGUAUAUAUAAUAUGAGAGGAAGUUUCACUGAAUUUUUGACUUGCUUGUGGCCAGAUUAUUCUCCUAUUUUGAGUUAGGCAGAGUUUGUUGCGGCGCAGACUGCUUUAGUUUUCUGGUAUAAUACACUUAGUUGUAUAACACGUUGGGACAUAUGCAACAAAUUAAGUAAGACUUCCUCCCCUUUCCCCCUCCUCUGCUCUAACCCCUUUAAAGAAUGAAAUGACACUUGGAGUAUUAAACAACACAAACAAGCCCACUUACAUUUCCUAUGGCACUAGUGAGUUUCUUUAAAACAUUCAUACAGUGAUAAGCUGAUGCACCAAAGGCAUUUUACAAGUUUCUUCUCUGUUAUAAGGGAUAUGAAGGGUAUUUGGACUUUUAAGUGUUAAGCAUCAAGCAUCCAGCCUAAAAUAGAAGUUUAGCUAAUGGAUUAUUUACAAAGUAAACAGAAAGAUUAGUUUGCCUUCUCAUGAUAUGCUGUUUUUAGCUUAUCAACGGCACAGCAUUCUUACUAGGAUUUUUUUUUUUCAGCAUUAGUCUAGAUUUAUGUUUAGGUAUUUGAAGACAAAUAAUGCAUAUUCAAAUAGUGGUGAUAGGGGUAAUUUAAACCAACAGCAGAAGAAGAGGCAUUCCUUGGUACGGAAUGAACUUAGGGGUGCUUCAUUUUUGUCAAAGAAAGGGCUUGAUGCAUUUUUUUCCUCCAUAAAUAUUGCCUAUAAGACAUUUACUGAACAGUAGGAUAUUCUAAUGUAUCUUUUUUUUUUGUAUUUUUACUUUUUUAAAGGAAAAUGCAGGUUUGAUUUAGGGAAAAAAAAAGCAAGCAGGAUGAAAAAUUCCAUUAUUGGCUUUACCCUUUCAUGUGUGUGUUGUGUGUUGUGUUUUGGGUUUGGUUUUUGUUGUUUGUUUUUUUGGAUUUUUUGUUUGUUUGUUUGUUUUUUCUUUUAAUAAGGGCAAAAAGUCCUCCAUCCUCAGUAUCUCAUAAAAACAUUGCCUGUAGCAAUUAGGCAGAUGGCCCAGUUUGCCCACAAGUGCUGGAAGCAGAACUUUCGUAGCUGCCUCCCUGUAACAUGGCCAAAAUGGGACCAGGAUUACAAUAGGCAAAAUUCCUUUAAUAGUUUACUUUGAACGCUCCAGCAUGACACCUACAGCCUACAUCCCUCCCUCCAGGGAACCAUCUGUCUUCCUCUUACUCUUUUCUGUCAUGGGGUUACCACUGCUCUGUUUCUUAGUCAGUUUUUGUCCUGGAAUUGAAGAGUUUCCCUUCCUUCUUUCCCAGCUCUGGU